AAACACGUCAAACCCCACCCAUUUGGGGCGUUUUAACCAAUUGGAGCGCAGCUACCUCCAUUUCGUCGCUGUAAACCAGCAUACUGCUACUCUCAAUUUAAAACAGCACUGUGGGAAAAUGUUGGCGUGACUUCAUUGUCUGCGACUCCAAAAGUUUCCACACGUAUGCCAUGACGUUUGAAUUCGCUUGACAACUGAUAUCGGAUACCAACGUUCAGGAAUCACCAUGUCCACCACUCUGCUGUGGGCCGUGGAUGUGUACGGGAGAGUGUACAGCGUAUCAACCGCCGGCCAACGUUGGGUGCGUGCUGAUGACUCUCUUCUGGAGCUCAAGCGUGUCACCGCCGGCAAAGGUCGGUGCUGGGGCAUCGGCUGUGACCACCAAGUCUACCUCAACAUGAUCCCCCAUGAGACUCCCAUCCGCUACAAAGAGGAGACUUAUGAAAACCAGAGGUGGAACCCGGUGGACGGCUUCACUGAUACGUUGCUGCCCACAGACCGCUGGCCCUGGAGUGAUGUGACUGGGAUGAAUACCCAACCACUCCACAGCUUUCAGUUGCCAUCUCGCAGCUGGGAAUGGGAGGGGGACUGGUAUGUGGAUCACAGCUGGGUAGGAGAACCCAGCCACGCUGGGGGUUGGGAAUAUGCUGUCGACUUCCCCGCUAACUUCUCACCUGACAAGAAGUGGAACUCCUGUGUGCGUCGUCGGCGCUGGAUCCGCUACAGAAGAUAUACAGCACAAGGGACCUGGGCAAAAAUCCCCUUGGACCAUCCUAGGAAGCUCCCACCACCUCUCUGUGAUCUUAGUUGCGGUGGCUGGGAGAUGAGUGAUGAGUCCGGAAGGUAUCCUUAUCUUUGGGCUGUGUCUCAACAAGGGCAGGUGUGGUUUCGGGAGGGCAUCCAUCCUCGGGUCCCAGAGGGCUCUAGCUGGGAUGAAGUAGAGGUGCCUAAGGAGGUGGCCCAGUUAUCGCUGGGACCGAGAGACCUGCUGUGGGCUGUUCUGUGGGAUGGAAACCUGCUGGUCCGCACAGGCCUCAGCUUGGACAGCCCUACAGGUGUGUCUUGGGUGGAGUUAGAAUCACCUGCAAAAGAGGUUGAAACGCUUCACGUGUCAGUAGGGGUCAGUGUAGUGUGGGUGAUCACAAAGGACUAUAAGGUGUGGUUCAGGCGAGGUGUCAAUUCCCACAAUCCUUGCGGGUCAGGAUGGAUCAGGAUAGUUGGCGAGAUGAUGAUGCUCGACGUGGGACUCAACGACCAGGUUUGGGCUGUUGGUGAGGACCGCAGUCUAUAUUUCCGAAUAGGGGUAACUCCAUCCAAACCCAGUGGGAACGGUUGGAUCCCUGUUUCUGCUGUGUGGGGCAAGAGCAAAGAGAAUUCCCCACGCCGGUCUGCGGACUGCAGUGAGUUUGGUAACUACCUGAAAGGAACUACCCAAGGUUCAGCGGUGAGCUGCACUGAAUCUGAUUCAGAAUUAGGUCAGAUGGAGCUGGCAAAAAGCACAAGUCAUACCCCAGUCCUGCAGGCGGAAGCUCCCUCAGUGGUCCCCUUAGGAGGAGCCCCUGUACGCCCGACUGAGACACAAGAUACCAGUGCAGCACCCAAAACCUUCAUCCCUUCAAGUGACAGCUUCAUCAACAGUCUCAUGUCGGACUGCGACAGAACAUCCAUAAACCAACAUCCGAGUGUAAUACUUGUGGAGGAGAGGCAGUUCUCUCCAGCACAGAUCCACCUGAGCCCUGAAGCCUCUGGACCUGGCAGCCCUUGGAGCAAUGUGGAUCUGGAAGGCGCAGAGGCAUCUCAAAGUAUGCAAGCAGCAGUGCCUCACCCCGGUCAAGGUAGUGCCCCCUAUAGACUGGGUCUGGGAGGUAUACAAGGUAUUGAGGAGGAGGACGGUCCUGUGUGGGCUUGGAUCUCAGGAGGGGGGUGCAAUGUGGAUGCUGCCUCCCAAGUCAGCUGGCUCAGCGCUACAGGCCCACUGGUCAGCAGUUUCUCACUAACCCCCUUGCAGUCUUCAACCUGGAAUGAACAGCAGCACAGUGAGGAGAUCAGCAAAAAACCUCUGGAAAGAAGCAAUUCCAUCUGGGUGCGUAAAGGGAUACUACGUUGGUGGAGAGACUGGAAGCCGCAGCGCUGGAUGGACGUGGCUGUGGCUUUGGAACAGUCCACAAAGUCGGACGGGAGGAAGGACAGCAUCUUCUUUGUUUACUACACGCAAUAUGAUGAGAAGAAGUACCUUCACAUCUUCAUCAAUGAAGUGACAGCGCUGGUUCCAGUGUUGCGGGACUACCACUAUGCCUUUGCUGUAUACACAGCCCACAGGACCAGACUGAGGAGUCCCCUGGUCCUGGCAGCCCAAACUGAAAAAGACAUGAAUGACUGGUUGAGCUUGUUGUCUGACGUUUGCUGCAAGUGUCGGGGGAUUACCGUCCAACUCCCGUCCGGAGAGGCCCUGUGGUCCACAACAACCAAAGGGGAUAUUUUUGUCCAUGAGCCAUCCUUUUCCCUGGAAGCGGCCACGCAAACACUGUCAUGUGACCUCAUGUUCUGGCGUCAGGUUCCGGGCCACCUGCGCUGUGUAGAGUCUAACAGUUUGGGGCUGGUGUGGGGCAUCGGGUGGGAUGGCACAGCCUGGGUGUACAAUAGGUGCUCUGGGCGACAGGCCAACCCAGAAGAUGCAGAUCAUGAGUGCCAGCAGACAGAUGUCAGAAGUGUCCAUGUGUAUGAGAAUCAAAGAUGGAACCCCAUGACCGGGUACACAGACAGAGGGCUUCCCACCGACCGCCCCAUGUGGAGUGAUGAGAGUGGACUGAAGGAGAGCACCAAAGGCAACACACAGCCACCCUCUCCUCAGUGGGUAUGGGUGUCAGAGUGGGCUUUGGACCACAGUGUUCCUGGAGGGACAGACAAGGAUGGAUGGCAGUAUGCUGCUGACUUUCCUGUAACGUUCCAUGGCCACAAAACCCUGAAAGAUUUUGUUCGGCGAAGACGUUGGACAAGGAAGUGUAAAAUCACACAGAGAGCUCCGUGGCAGCCGGUCUGGCCGAUCCCUCUCAGUGACAUCUCUCUGAUGCCAUGCCUGGCCCACAGCAGCUUUGAGCAGGUCCCCCUGUGGGCCCUCAGUGACAAGGGGGACGUGCUGUGUCGGUUAGGCGUAACCCCACAAAACCCAGCGGGCAGCUCAUGGCUUCAUGUGGGCACAGACCAGCCCUUCAAGUCCAUCUCCAUAGGCGGGGCCAGUCAGGUGUGGGCCAUCGCCAAGGAUGGAGCUGUCUUCUACAGGGGUUCCGUGUCCACGCAGAACCCUGCAGGAGAAUGCUGGUACCACAUCCCCGCGCCCUCACGGCAGACCUUGAGACAAUUAUCUGUGGGCCGGACGUCUGUAUUUGCAGUGGAUGAAAACAGUAACCUGUGGUACAGACAGGGUCUGACUCCGAGCUACCCUCAAGGCUCCGCUUGGGAGCUUGUCUCCAACAACGUCACCAAAGUCUCGGUUGGACCUUUAGACCAGGUGUGGAUGAUAGCGGACGGAAUGGUGGGUUUCCCAGCGGAGACUCCUGGGGCUGUUUGUCACAGGCUGGGGAUUGGACCCAUGCAGCCUAAAGGUCAAUCGUGGGACUACGGUAUAGGGGGAGGAUGGGAGCACAUUAGUGUGAGGGCCAACUCUGUGGAGGCCCCCCGCACAAAACACCUGCUUCCCACCACCGGACAACCAUCACCCACCCCACUACCCACACCGCUCAACGGGGCUGCUGUGGGUGUGUAAAUGCACUCUCUCUCCACCACACCUCUUGUAUGUGCCUGGAACCACGUUGAGAACGUUCAUAAAUGAUCACAGAGGGUAUGUUGAGAAUCACUCCCUAGCCACUAUAUAGUAGGAUUUUUGUGGUGCUGUUGGAAUGUGUAGUGAGUACGAUAUAGAGUAUCCCCGUAAUAAAUGAAAAAUAUAUCCCAUUAUGCAUCUUGAAAGAUAGUGAACAACCCACGAUCACUAGAAAAGCAAUACGGUAUAUGCAUACAAAAAAAGCACCAUAUUUGAGUAUGGAAAGCCUUUUGAGCAUUUAUUCUGUUUUUGCUCUCUUCAGAUCCAUUUGCUGGUAUUCUCUAUGUCCUUACUAGUAAAACAAAUGGGCCCAUGGUAGAACUGUUAGGGGCCUGGUAGAACAAAUGGCCACCUGGUAGAACAACUGUCAUAACAUUCUCUUCCACCACUAGUACCACUUUUUAACCUGGUUGAUAAACUACUGUGCUGCACGAGUAACACUAUAUGUCCAACUAGUAGGGAUCUCUCACACAUGAGUAGCCUCCUGGACCCUACAAGUAACACCAAAAUACCCAAUAAGGAGAUUGGCCUUACUAAUCACAUGCAGUUGUUCGACUAAAUAUCCUGAAGAUGUCCUACUUGUGUAGGAAAAAAAUCUCAUACAGCGGUCGAGUGUCAUCCCACUAGUGCAAUUUAGAAUUACUAGUAAUGUUCUACUAUGUUUACCCAAGUCAUUCCACUAUUGCCCUAAAUUGUCUUAGUACUGAGGACAGAGUGUAGCAAGACAUUUUUGGCAACUAAAUGUUACUGAGGCAAAACUACACUAGUUGACAACCAUGUAUUACUAGAAACACCAUGUACAAGUAGGUUAUUGUCCUCACUAGUAGGAUAAACUAUAUGCUACUAGUAGGAUAAGUAGAUCUUACCAAUGAGGCAAAAUCCACCAUUUGAAAACAGUGGUACUUGUUACUAGAGACAUUAUACAGUUUGAUAUCAAGCUCAAGGUCAAUGUACUAGUACCCUCUGUCCUCACUAGCAUGGCAAUUCACUGCACUAGUGGGACAGUUUGUCUUACUAGUAACUUUUGUAUUCUAGUGAGGGCAAAGAACUACUAGGGCACGUUUGCCAUGUUAGUAAAACUACAUGUAGUAUUACUAAAAUACACAAGAUAAAGAGGUUUGUGUACUAGUGACAUACAAUUGUACUAGUUCACAACACGUGCUUCAUUUGUAGUACUAGUUGAAUAGAAAUGUCAACUAGUGCAUGGUUUUGCCUCUCCAGCAACAUGUUGUUGUCCUACUCGUAUGUCAUACAAUAGUGGAAUAUAUGUUACUCGUUAGACAUGGCUAUUCUACCAGGGAAUCUUGCUAUAUAUCUUGAAUUCUCCUAUCAGUGAGGACAAAGCGCGUACUAGUACAUGAACCUUAGGCUGACAGGAAUUAUGUCAAGUAAAUGCUCCAGCAGCUUUCAAGUUUGGUUAUCCUGAUCAGGAGAGGACAACUUGCUACCAUCAAAGGAUAAUCUUGAUAUCCAACUCAAGUUUUAAGUAUUAGUGGAAAACCUUUUACCAAUGAGAGAGUAAACUUGUCUAUACUGUUCUAUAUAGUGUGUAGGGAAGGAGUGAAUGAUGGUCAACACAUCCUCAGUGAUAUUUAUGUAUUCAUGCAACCAACUGUCAAAAAAGGGAAUAUGAAUUGUUGUGCAUGUCUACAUCUUUUUUUUUUGUUUUUCUCAAUGGCUUUAGUUGAAAUGCAGAGUAUAUCAAUAUCAACAUUGAUCGUUUGAGGGCUAUUGUACCAAAACAUCCUACAUGUUCUUUUCUGUUAGUCAUUCAUGAAGAUUUUUAUUUUAUUCUUUUUGUACUGUUUUUUUUUUUUUUGGCCCAGUUACAACAGUGUUUUUGUGGUGUGUGUGUGUAUGUUCCUCUCCACCCUCAAGGCAAAAAUGUGAUAUGAAGAGACUAUAUGUACAGAGAAAUGAUGAGAUAGACUCCUCUUCCUGGAUUCUGCAAUAAUUACACAAUUAUAAAUAAAAAUGAAAUCUUCCUGUUAGCAUCAAAGACAAUUUCCAUGUUUGUUGUCAACAAUGUUUACACUGUGUGGGGGCAUUACUGCAGAAUGUGAAAUAAAAAUGAUUGGGGAAAAAAAUGUGUUUUUCAAAAACUUUUAUCCACACACUGUAUGAGCAAUAUUGUAAAUUAACCUUAUUGGACAAUACACGUGAACCACUAUAAAAUCCAAUUAAAACUACUGUCUGACGCAAGCAGAAAGGUGUAGUGAGUGAUGCAGGCAGUCAGUGGUAUUUUACAAGUCCUGCUUGAGUUAAUUAUGGUGAUAACUCAUUCACUCCUAUGGAUUUUUGUCAACUGGUAUCCAAACGUUAACUGCCAUCAAUGUACUGUAUAUAUUCAUAAAGUUCAACGAGUAGGCAUGAAAAAGCUUUCUGUUCAGGUUGCUGAUGAAAUUCAGGAUUGAAAACCUGUCUUGACUCUGAGAUCCCUAGAAGUAGCAAUGGCAGGUUUUGCACAUAAAAUAAAGAUUAGUCAUUAGUGUUAGUCAAUACUUUGUGGCAUUGAUGAACGAAGAAAAUGAUAGAAGAGUAGAGGAGCUAAGUUUGAUGGACCACAAAGUGGCAAUGAUUAGUAAGGGUGAAGUUAGAAAGGCACAAAAAAGGAUGAAAAAUGGAAAAGCAGUUGGUCCUGAUGACAUAUCCGUGGAGGUAUGGACACAAUUUGGAGAGGUGGCUGUGGUGUUUUUGACCAAUUUAUUCAAAAGAAUACUAGCAGGCGAGAAGAUGUGUGAAGAAUGGAGGAAAAGUGUGCUAGUUCCCAUUUUUAAGAACAAAGGCAAUUUUGAGAGCUGUGGGCACUAUAGAGGAAUAAAGUUGAUGAAGCACACAAUGAAGUUAUGGGAAAGAGUAAUGGAGGCUAGACUCAGGACAGAAGUAAGUACCUGUGAGCAACAGUAUGGUUUCAUACCUAGAAAGAGCACCACGGAUGCAUUAUUCGCCUUGAGGAUGCUUGUGGAAAAGUGCAGAGGAGGUCAGAAGUAGCUACAUUGUGUCUUUGUGGAUCUGAAGAAAGCCUAUGAAGUACCAAGAAAGGAACUGUGGUACUGCAAGUGUAAGUCUGGUGUGGCGGAGAAAUAUGUUAGAAUACACAGAACCACAAGAUGAAUGAGCGCGCUGGUGUGAACACAUCAAGUACACUUUGCUUCCAACUAUGUUUUGCUCCCCCGUCUUCUUUUUGUAACAUCCAUGUAAAAUAAGGUGUGUUUUGAAACCAAAUAAACAGAGGUGCUGAGGAGAGG